AUGCAGACCUUAGUUCGCGAGAUGACGCUGCGGAUCUUGGUCGUGGCCACUCUCAUGGGAGCAUGUUUUAAACAAGUGGAUGCAGGUGAUUUUAUGUUGGUGGCAGCCUCUGACAAUUACACCAUUUUCGCGGGAAGCAUGAGUAAGCAAUUGGCUGACUUGGCUGCUUUGCCCCUCGAAGGAGUCGAGAAACCUCAAGCACUAGACUACGAUCCAACGGAGAACAUGGUGUACUGGACUCAGUAUCACCCAGACACUGGUAUCGGCAAACUGUCCAGGGCACACCUCAACGGGACCAACCAAAUGAUUCUACUUUCAGAUAUCCGGGUCGCAUUUGGAUUGGCUCUGGAUUUGGUGGCCAGGAUGGCAUAUUGGACCGAUAAUACUCUGGGACAAAUAGGCAGGGUGCCAAUGGAUGGCUCUGGACCUAAGGAAAUCAUCAUCGAAAGUCUUAGUCGUCCCCGAGGUAUCGUGACUGACCAUGACCAAGGACACAUUUACUGGACGGACGUAGGAGACGACACAGGCGUUCCAAAGAUCGAGAGAGCAAACUCGGACGGGACGAACAGAGUCACCCUGGUUGCUGAUAAUUUGGUUUGGCCACAGGCCGUCAUCCUUGAUCAUGAAACCAACCACUUGUACUGGUGUGAUGGUGUUCUUGACACGAUAGAACGAUCGGAUCUCCUUGGUAACAACCGGGAACUUCUGAUAAACCUUACACAGUACGCGCCAAUCCAUCCAUUCGACAUGGUGAUAUACAAGGACUACAUAUACUGGAGCGAUUUGGUUUACAGUGGGGUCAUCCGUGUGCACCUAAAUGGAAGAGGGGAACAAAACUUUGGCCCAACUUCUUUCCAUGAGAUAAGGCGAAUUCACAUCCAAAAAGAACCCAACUACUGUGACAGCUCUCCUUGUCUCAAUGGAGCGACCUGUGAGGAUAUCGUCAACGGCUUUGUUUGUCACUGUCCCUCUGGUUUCUCUGGAGUUACAUGCUUUGAAAAUCCAUGUAGCAGCUUACCAUGCAUGAAUGGAGGAACCUGUAGCAGUUCGUCCGCAGGAUUCACUUGUCGAUGCCCGCCUCACUAUGAAGGACCAACCUGUGCACUCGAUCCCUGUAGCAGCUUACCAUGUGUGAAUGGAGGAACCUGUAGCAGUUCGUCCGCAGGAUUCACUUGUCAAUGCCCGCCUCACUAUGAAGGACCAACCUGUGCACUCGAUCCCUGUAGCAGCUUACCAUGUGUGAAUGGAGGAACCUGUAGCAGUUCGUCCGCAGGAUUCACUUGUCGAUGCCCGCCUCACUAUGAAGGACCAACCUGUGCACUUUUUGUAGGUUGCAACGCUCCAUUCUUGCCAAACCACGUCAGGCUGUUGAAAAAUGUCACCGUUUUUGCGCCUGGUGAGGAGGCUACCUUUACCUGUGAUAGAGGCUACUCCAUCAAGGGUUCGUCCAGUCAUAAUGUGAGCCGUGCUUGCUUGGCAGACGGCACUUGGUCUGGUGGAUCAGUGCAAUGCUAUCAGGCUGAACAAAGUGAUCCAGAAGAACGCACCAUACCAGUGGUACCCAUAACUGCAGGAGGCGGGGCAGCUGUCUUUAUUAUAGUCCUGCUGAUUAUUGUGAUCAUCGCACUCAAAAUGAAGAAGAAGCGGAACAACCAGGAAAGGGUAGUGAACGUUCCGCCCAUAUCUUACUGCCGAUCACCUCCCCCAGCGUAUCAAGUUGAUUCAGACUACCUGCAAUCUGACUUCCAAGCCAAUGCUUCGGGAAACAACAAUCCAUGCUAUAUGGCUGAUGGCGCCGUCAACAUUAAUAUGAAACAACCACUUCCCACAUCGAUUUAUGAAGAAGUGCUGAAUUGA